AUGGCUCCAAUUGGCUCUCUCUGGGGUGAUCCUCGUCAACGCCAAACUAAAUGCGCAAACACAAUACAGAUAUUAAGCACUGCUGCUAUCGCAGGCCUCGAAGUAGAUCUCCCACCUUUCGAGUUCGGUGUUACCAACAAGUCACCUGAAUUUAUCGACAAAUUCCCCUUUGCCAAAAUCCCUGUCUUCGAGGACAAGGAUGGGUUCGUUCUUCUAGAAGGUGCCUCGAUUGCACGUUAUGCCCCUGAGUCUGGUCUUCUUGGCAAAAGCAUCAAAGAUGCUGCGCUAGUUGACCAAUGGAUCCACUUUGCGGAGCACGAGAUCCACACAUUCACCGACUUAAUAUGGAUGUUGGUGGAUCGUUUUGCCCCAGAGAAAGCCUAUAGUGAAAGCAUCUACAAGUCUGUAUUCGAACGUCAAGAGCGUUCACUCAAGUUCCUCGAACAGAACAUCGGCAUCCACGAGUUCAUAAUCGGCGACGAGAUUACGCUGGCGGACAUCAUUUUAGCUGGUGUGAUCCAACGCGCUGCUCGGAUUACCCUCGGUGCCGCUGAACGAGCACUCUACUCAAAAGUCUUCGCAUACUAUGAGAAGGUGGUAGCUGACCCUCGCAUCAAGGAUAUCUUCGGGGCAGCAGAUUUCGUUGAAAUGCCCAUAGCACCCGAGAAAGCUGAGUAG